AUGUUUGCUAACAAGAAGCACUUCAUCACUGCCAUCAUCGGGGCGCUGGUCACGCUCUCCAUCAUUGCCCUUGUUCUCAGCCUGGUGAAGAUUGAAGAUGUCACCCUGCCACCCAUGGUUAAGUAUGGGAUGGUGUUUGAUGCAGGCUCAUCCCACACCUCUCUGUUUGUGUACGAGUGGGAUUCAGACAAGGAGAACGACACCGGUGUGGUCAGCCAGACCUUGUCCUGCAACGUCCAGGGUCAAGGCAUAUCGAGCUAUGCCAACGAUCCCCCGAAAGCUGGUGAUUCCCUAAGGAAGUGCCUGGAUAAAGCCCUGAAGGUUGUUCCUGCUGCAAAACAGAGGGAUGUCCCAGCUUAUCUUGGAGCAACGGCCGGCAUGAGGCUACUGAGGCAACAGAACAGCUCAGCAGCAGAUCAAGUCCUGGCCGAAGUCGCUAAAACUAUGCAAGAAUACCCCAUGGCUUUCAAAGGGGCUCGAAUCCUUACAGGAGAGGAGGAGGGGGCUUACGGCUGGAUCACCAUCAACUACCUGCUGGACUCCUUCACUAAGUACUCCCCCAGAGCACACACGUGGGUUCAUCCAGAGGCGGCCAGCAUUUUUGGGGCACUGGAUCUUGGAGGAGCAUCCACUCAGAUCAGCUUUAUGCCCGAAGGUUCAGUGAUAAACUGGAAUGAAGCCUCCAAGUUCAUGCUGUACGGAUAUAACUACAGCAUCUACACGCACAGCUACCUCUGCUACGGGCAGAACGAGAUGCUGAAGCGACUGGCAAAGCAAUUGAUUGUGGAGUCAUCCUCCAGCACGCGAGUCGAUCACCCUUGCUACCCAAAAGACUACAGCGAAAACAUCUCGCUGUCUUCCUUCCGCACCAGCGCCUGCACCAACCAGAGCGACCCACGCCUGACCCUCGACGACAGGAACGUGACCCUGGAGGGCAGGGGCAAUGCCACCGCGUGCCUGGCUGCCAUCAAGAAGCUGUUCAAUUUCUCGGCGUGUGGCCAAAGCCAGGACUGCACCUUCGACGGCAUCUACCAGCCCCCAGUCAGCGGGAAGUUCAUGGCCUUCUCCGCCUUUUACUAUAACUUCAAGUUUCUCAACCUGACCGAGGGGCAGUCGCUGGCCACUGUCAGGGAGACCAUCGAGCAUUUCUGCACAAGAGGCUGGGAAGACCUGUCUUCUAGCUACCCUGAAGAGAACCCUGACCGACUGCCUAAAUACUGUGCCAACGCCAACUAUAUCCUCACACUCCUCCUCGACGCCUACAAGUUCAGCGAGACCAGCUGGAACAACAUCUUCUUCCAGAUGAAGGCGGGGAGCUCUGACGUCGGCUGGACGCUGGGCUACAUGCUGAACCUCACCAACAUGAUCCCGGCGGAGGUUCCGGCGCGGGUGAAGGGGCACGUUCCUUCCCUGUGGGCUGUGGCUGUCACCUUCAUCAUCCUCACCCUUACCUUGGGGCUUGCUGCCCUACUUCUGCUCUUGUGGGUGUAG